AUGGCGACCGCAAAGGCGUGCAUCCUUCUGUUCACCGCCUUCUUCUUCUCCGGGCUCAUGCAGCUCUCCAUGGCAGCACACGAGAAGCAGGCGACCGCCGUGGCGACAGCGCGGGUGGUCGACACAAAGGCGAUCGAUCAGGCUGUCGCGUACCUGCUCAUCUUCUUCAGCAGCUGUGAAUUAAUGGCAUCCGUGAAGGCGUACGUGCUGCUGUUCACGGCCUUCUUCUUCUCCGGGCUCAUGCAGCUGUCCAUGGCAGCACAGGAGAAGCCGGCGACCGUCGCAGUGACGGCGCGGGUGAUUGACGCAAAGGGGAUAGAUCAGGCGAUCGCGUACCUGCUCAUGUUCGCUGCGCUGUUCGUCACCUAUUUAGCGCACUGA